AUGCAGGAAUUGCCACUAGCAGUCAUGUUCGCCGAUAGCACGUUGAUGAGCUCUGACUUUGACGAGGAGGCGUACCUGCGCUACGCCCUCCACGCCUCCAACUGCCAGGCGGAGCAGGCGCGUCUCGCGUCCUGCGCCAAGGCUGUGCGGGAGGAGGUUCAUAAGAUACUUUCGGAGAACACAGAGGACAUGCUGCAGCAGGUCACAGCCGCCUGCCGAGCACAGCGAGACGUGGCUGCAGUGCGUCAAGCCACUGCCUCCCUUGUGAACUCCACGAGUAGACUUCGACACACCGUACAGGAGCCGUACCGCAUCAUCAACGCGAACAUCACAAAGUUGCAGAACACGAGUGCCGCCCUAACGACCUUGCGGAGUAUUUUGAGGUUUCUUGACCUUACAACGCGUCUAAAGAGUCAGCUUCCGCAAGACCUUGCCCGCGCUUCUCGCACGCUGCGGGAGGUGGAAGAACUCCUCCAAGCUAGUAACCUCAAAGGGAUCGAGGUUGUGGAUGCCCGCAUGGACGCCGUCGAGCGUGCUGCAGUCACCAUUCGCACAAAGGCUCAGGAAAUGCUGCGGCGUGGGGAUGCUCAGGACGCAUCGGGUGUAGCCAUUUCUUUGCAGUGCCUCUUUACUCUGGGGAGUCUUCCUCGCGUACUUGGCACCCUCAUGACGGAGCAGAAGCGUGAGGUGAUACGCUCGCUAAUGCGGGACCUGGACCUGCAAGCCAUGAUAGACGAGGUUAGUCAUGGAACUGGCACCACCGCCAACGAUGUAAAUUUGCGGACGCGUGAGGUUCUCUUCACCCACAUCAAAUCAGCCCUCGCGAAUGUGUCGCAGCACACCCAGGUGGUUGUCGCAGUCUGGUGCGUCCUGGUGAAAAGGGUGGAUCCCACCACACAAACACCGUACCUUAGUGCCGUGGAAAGCCCAACAUCGGUGUUGGGUGAUUACUGGCAGAUUGUCACGGAGAAGCUCCGGGAGCGUCUACAGGCAGUUCAGAAGCGUCCAAGCUUCCUCGCCGCCCUGGCAGCGGACGUGAUGCACUACCAUAGUCUACUAAACUGUUUUCUCGGCAGCAUGGAUGAGCUCCUGAAAAUAUUGGAUUGCCUGGUAGAAUAUGAUGCGGCUGCAGCGAAGCAAGCGACGGGGUCAUCUUUAUUUGUCCAAAAAGUAACUUCUACCACUGCUACUAAUACUACUGCCGCUGCUUCUGAAGAGUUGAAGCGGGCUUGGCUUUCACAAGUCACGCGGGAGGUAGAUGAGCGCUUUGCCGCGCACAUUCUUGACCGCCACCGUGAACGACUGCAUCACAUACUCUCAAAGCUCCAGACCAUUCUUCCAACUGCGGGCGGCCGAUCCACGGUAAAUGUCGUUGUUGAUCUCCAACGACCCGAAGUCCCUGCGGCAGCUCAUGCCUUGGAUACACGCGCGUACACCAUGUUGGCAACACAAGAUGUGAUGAUGUACCGACAGAAUUCUCACACGCUUUCUGUCGUGUUGAAUUGCAUCCUCCAAUGUCUUACCGCCUUUAUGCAGCCAGUCACUGCGGCGACGGGGAAAUGGCCACUUUCCCCACUUCCCGCUGUGUCUGGUGAUGCGACAGUGUCUCAGCUGCUCCACAUUUGUGUCAGCAACGCAUGCACGCAGCUUUGCACUGAUUUGACAGCGGUAUUGGCCUUGCUACAAGAGGGCAAUGCCUUUACUGCGGGGUUUGUGAAUAAACGAUGGGCUCCCGCUGGCGCAGGACACGAGGAACAGAAGAAGAAGCUUGCAUAUGCCUCAAGUGAUCAGAACGUGGUGAUGGACAAGUAUCAUCAGCUCCGGGAUCUUGCAAAAGAGUUUACUUCCAUGAGUGAACAUGUUGUACAACCUUUCUUUAAAUCUCUGGCGGUGCUGCUUCUAGACUCCGUCCUAAUGUGCGUGGACGGGACACCCGAGCAGGCGGCGGCGGGAAUAGGGCAGCUGCACAGCCAAAUGGGACACUUCAUGUCCCAUUUUUAUUACCUGUUUGAGCCACAAACACCCAUGUUGGAUGAGCAAUCUAGGGGACUUACAAAUAAACUCCUUGCGAGACUCAUCGUUGCGGUCGCUUUGGUCUACCCCUUUACGACAAGCACACAGCAGCACCUGAUUAACUGCCUGCAACAAAUUACGCAUGUGGUACUGUCAUUUGGACCGACAUCUACGCAUGGGACAGUUGGUCGUAGCACCGUGUCCCUUAAGGGACAGCUGCACCAGCUGACAGUGUGGUACAGCUUGCCGGAGGAGGUGCACGAGAGACCAGUGGGGGAAUGGCACAACAUCCUGCAGACGCUUCCCCCCGUAGUGACCCGCCUGUUGCUGUUGCAACGUGUUCUCCACUCCUCCAGUAAAGUCAAGAAGCCAUACACCUUAAUGGGGAUGACGUCAGGCGGGUUUAUGGAGCUUUUGGAGUCUAUCGUGCUGGGACAACUCCACACCAGUGACACUUUGCCGCAUGGCCUCAUCGACGGAGGGGGCGGAUCGCCAGAAAUGAUGAGGUUGGGAGAGGUGCUGGGCGCCGUGGAACGGUGCUUCCACGAGGCCACGGCGGCGUCACGUGAAGACGCCGUUCGAGGGCCGACGAUGCAGUGGAUGGAAAAUCUCUGGGCGCUGCUGAAAGAUUGA